UAAAGUCAGGUCCCUGCUAAAUUUCUGUAAUAAUUUCCUAUCGUAGCUCGCAGUCGUAUUAUCGGGCAUACAGGAGCUCCUUUUUCUAUCUCAAUAAACUCGUGCAAAGAUGAAGAUACUGGUUUCCAUUUUACUGCUGGUGUAUGCAAAAUGUACCAGGGGCGGUGUUUACACUGACCGUUUUUUAACUCAAUAUGAGAAAAUCCACGAUCUCGCAAAUGGUUAUUUUUCAUCUAAUGGAGUACCGUACCGUUGCCCGGAAGGUUUAGCAAUUGUCUCUACCGAUUACGGCCAUACCACCGAUUCAGAAGCGCUAAGUUACUUCAUUUGGCUGCAAGCGACUUACGGCGGAGUGACGGGAGAUUUUAGCCCCUUCAAUAACGCGUGGCAAAUGGUGGAAGACACUCUAGUUCCGAAACUUCAACCCAGUACUUCCAAAUAUAACCAUUCGGCUCCGAUACUUUCAAACGGCCUAUGGGUAGGAGUAGAUCCGUUAUUCCAAGAACUGGCCAACACUUAUGGAACGUCGGAUAUGUAUAUAUUACACUGGCUGGCCGAUGUGGAUAAUAAAUACGGAUUCGGAAAUGUGAACGGUAAAUGUGAAGCAGGUCCGGGUGAAACGGGUCCCUCGCUCAUUCAAUUGGGAUCUGGCUCUAUCUUCCAGCAAAUUCCUUCGCCUACGUGCGAUAACUGGGUAUAUGGUGGAAAUUACGGUUUCCAGUAUCAAGACUCCGAUGCAAACAGGGUAUGGAUCUAUGGAGCCGGUCCUGAUGCAGAUGCGCGUGCAGUUCAAGCAUCAUUUUGGGCAUCACAGUACGCAAAGUCCCUCGGAAAAAUAGAUGAAAUAUCAGGAAGUUUACAAAAGGCCUCGAGGCUAGGGGACUAUCUGCGAUACGUGUUAUUCGAUAAAAGUUUCAAAACGGUGGGAAAUUGUAUCGAUCCGUUAGAAUGCGCACCCGGAACUGACAGGGAAAGUGCCCACUAUUUGUUGUCUUGGACGAUUUCGUGGGGAGGAUCGGUAGACCCCAACGGAUGGGCUUGGCGGGUUGGAAGUUCCACUAAUUAUUACGCUUACCAAAAUCCUAUAGCGGCGUACGCACUGUCUAGCGACCCGAAUUUGAUUCCCCGGAGUCCAACUGCCGCCAAUGACUGGAAAAACUCGGUCGAAAGGCAAGUGGAAUUUUUCGAGUACACGCAGUCAGUAGAAGGUUCAUUUGCCGGAGCAGUUACCAACAGCUGGAAAGACAAUUACGAAGUUCCUCCGUCUAAUUUAUUGGAUAAUACCUUCUACGGGAUGUUUUACAUGCCAUCCGCAGACGGAUCGAGUACGACAUUUUGGUACGGUCAGCAGGCAUGGGCGGUGGAUCGACUGGUACAAUAUUAUUACAUAAGCGAUGACCAGAAGGCUAAAGCGAUUUUGGAUAAAUGGGUGGCGUGGCUUUUACCCAACAUUAAGUUUGACGGCAACUCGUACAGCGUUCCAAACUUUUUGACACUUUCUGGCGUGCCUCCAUCCGUCAGCGUCAGUAUCCAGUCUUCGUUUAACGCGAUCGGCACCGCGUCCGCCACUGCCAGGAUUUUAUCCUACUACGCGGCUAAAACGAAUAAUGCCGAAGCAAAAAAUGUCGCCAAGGAGUUGCUCGAUAGGAUGUGGGCGCUGCAUCAAACUCAAAAAGGCGUCUCGAUCACCGAAACAAAAGAUAAUUACAAUACCGGUUUUAAUACAAAAGUGAAUAUACCGUUGAACGGAUGGACCGGAACGUAUCCAAACAAUGUUCCCAUAAACGCCGAUUCCACCUUCCUAAGCAUCCGCCCGUGGUUUAAAGACGAUCCGGAAUGGUAUAAGGUGGAAAACUACUUAGCGGGAGGGCCCGCACCGCAAUUUAAUUUUCAUCAAAUGAUUGAACAGGCCGAUAUAGCUAUUUCGUUAGCGACGUAUGGUCUUCUUUUUAAUGAAUAAAUUUUAUCCCAGCCUACAA